GUUUGUUUACAUUGUUGAGGAUAAAGUCGAGGAAAGUGAAGCUCUUUUAUUAUCUUAUUUCCUUGGAUCAAGAGCCCUCGCCAGGCCCCCUCUGUCGUCUCUACAUGUUAUAUAGGUGAUGUGAGGAUGACACGGAGCGGUGGGGCGACGGUGGCCCCGCGACCGCUCAACACUGUACAGUUUGAGCAUCCCUCACACACUGGCACCUUGCUCUUUGGCCUCAACACUUUACGCUCCAAGGGCUUAUUACUUGAUGUAACACUGAUUGCUGGAGGUGAGGCUUUCCAGGCUCAUCGCGUGGUGCUGGCGUCGUGCAGUGAUUACUUCCGUGCCAUGUUCACGGAUGAGAUGCGAGAACGGUGCCAGUCGGAGAUAUGUCUGAACGGUGUGAGUGCUGCUGGUCUACAGUGCCUGCUGGAGUAUGCUUACACCAGCCGGCUCUCUCUCAAUCUGGCUAACAUUCAGGAUGUUCUGGCUGCUGCUGCCCAUGUCCAGGUGCUCACCAUCGUUGAGGCUUGUUCUAACUACCUGCAGGCUGAGCUAGACCUGGACAACUGCGUGGAUAUUGCCACCAUCGCAGAGACAUAUUCUCUCCACAGACUGAGGAAGAGAGUGUAUUCGUUCAUGACCUCUCAUCUCCACCAGUUCAGCAAAAUGUCAGAUUUUCAGCGACUGACAGUGGUACAGCUGUUGCACCUGCUGUCAUGUGACUAUCCUGUGGAUUGUACCGAGGCACAGGUGUUGCUGACAGUGGCUGGUUGGCUUCAGCACUGUCCGUCUGAACGUGCACGGCAUGCUCCUGCGCUUCUUCGUGCACUCAACUUACACGAGGUUCCUGCUGCUGUGUUGGAGCGAGCAGCUCGCCUCUCCGUGCUAGAAGAACCAUUAACAGCAGCACUCCGACUAACAGCAUUGCCUGUAUCACCGGCACCUCCUACUGGCCUUGUUAAUUCAAGAGGCCUAGAAUUGGCAGUGGUGAAGGUAGGUGGCUUCAGUAUUGCUGGCAUCACAAACGAGAUAACUUACUUCUUGCCUUCGGUCGGUCGUUGGCGUCACCUGACUACUAUCCCGCACGUUGAGCAGUGUAAUUAUGGUACGGCAGUGCUAAAUAACCAGCUGUAUGUAAUUGGUGGGUGUUUUAAUCAGUCACUGCAGGAAAACAUUCACCCAUUUGGCUUCAGAUACAACCCUCAACACAACAAGUGGAGCACUAUGGCCCCCAUGCAGAGGGAACGCUGCAGAUUUUCUCUAAGUGUGCUUGGUGGUCAACUGUACGCAGUGGGAGGAGCUAGUGAAGCCAGUGAUGAUGGUAUCGGUGAAGAUGAAAGUCUCUGUGAAGCUUAUAACCCAACAAGUGACACUUGGACCCCUAUUGCUGGUCUUCCUGGAGCUCGGGCACAGCAUGCAGCAGCUGCUUUAAAUUGUCUGCUCUAUGUCAGUGGUGGGUUAGAAGGGGAUCAAGUUCUGGACUCCUGUCAUGCAUAUAAUCCCAGUACAGGUGUGUGGGAGCCCCGGGCACCAUUGUUGACACCACGGGCAGAUCACUACUGUGUCACCUACGACAACUGCUUGUAUAUCUGUGGUGGUUGGUACGAAGAUGAUGCUACCAACACUAGAGUCUUAGUCGACACCAUUGACUGCUACAACCCCAACACAGACAGCUGGGUGGUGGUGAGUCGAGUGCCUACACCUCGCUAUCAUGCAGGCAUUGUUGUCAUGGGCUCUAGACUCUACGUGAUUGGUGGAUUUCACUCUGAUGCAACGUUUGAUCGAGCAACUGGAGUGAUUGAAUGUUAUGAUCUGGAGACAGGUGUGUGGAGUGUAGAAAAUGCUUACCCACAAGACAUCUGGGAACAUGUUUGUGUUCCACUAUAUGUACCGCGAUGUAGGGACGAUAUGGAUGUUUUAGCAAUACCUAAAUAAUCUCAUAACUAUUCUAUAAAUGCUGUGUCAACUUUUAGCAUAUUUUUUAUAUACAAAAUGUUUGACUAUGGCCUUAUUGACGUUUUAAGUGUGAUUUAUAAAUUAAAUUUUAACGUGUUUGUUUUAUACAAGAAAACAUUUAUGUACUGUAGUUGUGCUUGGGGUUAAAUCAUAGCUCCUGGCCCUGCCUCUUAAUGUUUACCAACCUGCUUUGCUGAUGCCAGGAAACCAGUGGGUCUGAUUAUACCUACUCUUGAAGCUGUGUGUAGUUGCCUAAACCACUUUUUCUUUUGUGUUUGUGUAAUUAUAUAUGAGUUUUGGUGUCAAGCUCUAGAUCUUGACCCCACCUCUUUCAGUCAACUGUCAUGAAAUUGUCCAGUCAUAUGUAUUUUUAAACUGCUGUACAGAACUAACUUCCACUGUUAUUGUUCAGUUCAUUCCAUUUCUUAACUACUCUUACAAUAGGGGAACUGAAUAUCGAUGGAAAUUGAACACAGGAUUCUGUUCAAAGUAGCAAAUGUAUCAGAAAAUAUAUAGAGAUUAUUUACUGCUCACAUAGAUCCAAUAAAGUAUUUAAACUAUUGGGAAUGCCUUGAAGUCCUUGUAGAGGAAGUGUAUCGAAAUACUCCACCUUGUCUGUGAUUGCUGAAUUGAAAUGGCUUAGUAGUUGGCAAAUAGAAGUAGAGCAGGAUAGUGUAAACUCAUGUAGACUAGACUGGGUUUAUUGGCUGUGGGAUACACUAGAUAGACUAGGCUGAGGGCAGCCAAUGACAAGACCAAGAGCAGUAGGUGUUGACUGAAGGGCAGCUGUCGAGAGAGUGAGACAUACAACGUCUGGUGAUCUCGGGUUAAGUUAGAACCAAGCCACCAGAUGGCAGCGCUAAGCCUAGUGGUCAUGGUACAAGAUGUAACAGCUGUUACAUCCUUGAAGUAUACUUUCUUGAGUGAAGAAGGGAGAAAUGCUGACUAUAUACAAGGAAGAUACUGGAAGGACAAGUCCCAAACCUACACAUCACCUUAUUGCUCAUGGGAAACAAUCAAGAACAUUGUGUCGAUAUCG